AUGGGAACACAUCUCGUCACUCUCGACCUGUCUGUGCCCGAAUUCCUCCGUCGCCGCGAGGACUACGUCGUGCACCACACCCGCGGCGGCUUCCGCGCGUGGAUGAACCCUCUGCUGGCCGGCGAUGACGACGAGCCGGUCGAGAAGCGAAGGCCUAGCAACGGCUUGGAUGAUGGCACUGUUGCCGCCACAACUACGGCCCUUCACGGAGCCCGGAAUGGACACGCAGUCGGCGACGCAUCAGACGCCGAAGACGAAAACAGAAACGACAAUGACACCGCGGCCAAUUCGGCCAAGAUUCAGAUCCUCGACCUGCACUCGGCCCAGCCCAUCGUCUCGUAUCGCGGGACCGUCUUUGCCGGUGUCUGGACUGAGACUGUCGGGACGGAGAUGUUGUUUGUCGACGCCAAGAGCAGCAGCAGCACCACGACCAAAACGACCACACCUCUUCCUCUGCCCCAUGUCCGCCGUCUGCCGCAGGACGUCGACCUGCUGGGUGCCUCCACUGCCCGCAUCGCCUGCACGCCCAUCGAGCUGCGACGACGACAAAACAAGACCGCGGCACGGCCCACGGCCAGCUCUUCCAACACCCCCCGCCGCCAGUUUGCCAUUCCCGUCGCCGGCGGCGCCACCGAGCAGCGCCAACGUCAGGCCGCCUUUCUCGAGCGCCUCAUGGCUGCCAAGCACGGCCGUGGCGAGCGCGACGUCGUUACCGUGCAGGCCGUCGAGACCCGACAGGACACCGUGCAGGACGACGUCGAGGAGGAACGGCUGCGCCGCAAAAAGGCCGCCCAGUUCGAGCGGUACCGGCUGCGGGCAAGCCGGCGGCGGCGCGGCGAAGAAGGCCUGGGCGUUGGCGUCGGCGUCGGAUUGGCUGAUGGAGUCGAGGUUCGAGUUCGCACAGAAGCCGCCACGACCAUGGAGGCAAUGACAGCCACAGACACGCCGACAGAACCCAGGAUACGCACGCCCGCUCGCAACAGGAAGAAGCCAAGGCCCAGCGUCGCUCGCGACUCCGGAGACGUCGGCCGUGGUCAAGAUGACGACGGCAGCGAGUCGGAAGGAUAG